GACCUGGCGAAUCUAGAUCUCUCAGAGGAGAUAAAGCCACCCACAUUCCACCUCUUCAAGGACCUCCCCACCGAAAUCCGCCUCAAGGUAUGGCGUCUCGCAGCACCCAAGCCCGCCGUUGCUGAGCGCAUGCCCAACAACUUGACCAUGUCCUAUGGUCUCCAGCGUCCUGUCCCAGCGCUCCUGCAGGUUUGCCAGGAAUCUCGCACUGAGAUGCUCUACGACCCUGAGAACCCGCGUGGUUUGAGAGAUGACCAGUAUGAGAUGAUGUAUCUCUCGCCUGGACACCGAGCGCAGGGUAAGGGCGUGUAUAUGAAUUAUCGUGAUGAUACGCUGUUCAUGUACAGAGGUCCCUCUCAAUCAAUCAUGCCCUCUGCACACUGCUUCGCUAACCUUCGCCACCUGGCCAUGGAAUGGGGCCUCCGCCCCUGCUGGGUGCAGAGCCACUGCAACGAGGGCGUCCGUCUCCUUCGGCAGUUCCCCAGCCUCAAGACGUUCACGCUCCUCGUCAGCUUCAAGAUCUACAAUGAGCUGCCCUUGGGAGAGUCUGGCAGCAAGCACCGCGAGCAGACGCAGAAGCGUCGGGCUCUCAAUGAGAUCAAGACUUGGGUUCUGGACGCUAUUGACCAGGCUUUAGAGCGAGACGAUAGUGCUUUCGCUGCUGCCGUUGCCAGGGCUGGUGCCAACAACAACACCAAUGUCAGAGUCGUCCCGAAGACAAAGUACUGGACCAUGCCGGCG